AUGGCGCUGCGUGGAGCCGCCCAGCGGCGCCAGGCCCUGAGGCAGAUGGAGGGCGAGCUGGGCCAGCUCUACCAGGGCUGGAGCCACACCUUGACACAGGCUCUCGCCCACCUGGAGGCGUACAUCGAUUUCAGCGAGGAUGACAACGUGGAGGAAGAGGUUUUGUCUCGAGUGGCCAGCACCGUGCGAGCCCUGGAGCAGCAGAUCCGAGCCCACCUGCGGGACGGGCGCCGGGGGGAGCUGCUCAGGGGCGGGGUCCGGGCCGUCAUCGCCGGCCCCCCCAACGCGGGCAAGAGCAGCCUGCUGAACCUGCUGUGCCGCCGCCCGGCCGCCAUCGUGUCCCCCGUGGCCGGCACCACGCGGGACGUGCUGGAGGUGCCGCUGGACAUCGGGGGGUACCCGCUGGUGCUCAGCGACACCGCGGGGCUGCGCGCGGCCACCGAGCCCGUGGAGCGCGAGGGGGUGGCACGGGCCCGGCAACGGCUGUGCCAGGCUGACCUGGUGCUGGCAGUGCUGGAUGUCACCUCAGUGUCACCCACCCCGCUGGCCCUGGGGGCCGCUCUGGACGCCCUGGAGCCCCCCCCGGGCACCCCCUGUGUGCUGGUGCUCAACAAGGCCGACCUGCUGGGGGGACAGGGCGUGUCCCCGAGUGCCACCUGUGCCCAGGGACACCCUGCCACCCUCCUGUCCUGCAAGACGGGCGAGGGGCUGGAGGCGCUGCUGGAGCUGCUGGCGAAACAGCUGGAACAGCUGUGUGGGGAUCCCCUUUUGGGGUCCCCCAGCCUGACCCAGAGCAGGCACAGCCGCCACCUCGGGGCGUGCGUGGCAGCGCUGGCACGGUUCAACCGUGGGGACAACGGGGACCUGGCGGUGGCAGCCGAGCAGCUGCGGGUGGCACGGAGGGAGCUGGGCAGGAUCACCGGCCACGUGGGCACCGAGGACAUCCUGGAUGUCAUUUUUAGGGAUUUUUGUGUCGGGAAGUGACGCUGGCAACUCGUGGGGUCGUCCCCGUUGUUGUGGUGUCACACAAGGGGAUUAAACCUUGGUGGCUUUGA